AUCAGAAGAAAGCAGCAGAAGAUGCUAAGAAAGCACAAGACGCUGCAAAAACAGCAGGAGACAAGUCCAGAGAUUCAGCUGCCGAUAAAAAAGGAGCUUCUGCCAGAGAUUCAGCAGCCGGGAAAGCUGGUGCUAAGCCCGGUGAUUCAACGUCCGGAAAACCUGGCGCCGGAGAUUCGGCAGACGGAAAAGCUGGUGGUAAGGCCGGAGAUUCAGCAGCCGGCAAAUCUGGUGCAGAUUCAGCCGCCGGAAAAUCUGGUGCUGAUUCAGCAGCCGGAAAAUCUGGAGCCGAUUCAGCAGCCGGAAAACCUGGCGCUGGGACCGCAGAUGCCGGAAAAUCUGGAGCCGAUUCAGCAGCUGGAAAGUCUGGUGCUACAGCCGGAGAUUCAGCAGCCGGAAAAUCUGGAGCUGCGGAUGGAGAUUCAGCAGCUGGAAAAUCUGGUGCAGCGGCCGGAGAUUCGGCAGCUGGAAAAUCUGGUGCAGCGGCCGGAGAUUCAUCAGCCGGAAAGUCUGGUGGUGCUGCGGUUGGACAACAAGGCGCAAAGGGUGGAGCCGGAGACGAUAAACAAGGUGCUGACGCGACCGCUCAAGGCCAAAAAGGAGGCGCUGGUACGGUUGGAAGGGGCUCGAAGUCCGCCGGGAAAAAGGGCAAAAGAGGAGAAGGCUCAAAACUGGAUGAUACCACUGAAGAGCAGUUCGACGAAUUUGUUAAGAACACAGCGAAGACGUUGUCUGCCGGCGAGAUCGAUGGCGUUAGCUUGGAAAGGGAGUUACGCAAAAUUUUGGAUAUGUUUAUUGAUGAGUGUGGAUUUUGUUUCUGCAAAUGCAAUAUUCCGAAAAGCCGCUUUUAUGCUAUAUGCCAUAAACUCUACCAUCAUGGGCUGCACACAUUGGAUUUUAAGGACCUGGCCUAUAUGCACAAGCGUAUCUUUGCUGCGGCAGAGAACAUUCUGCCUGGAUGCCUGUUUAAUAUGAUAAUGAAGGAUAUAAUGUCCUGUAAUCCACAAAGCCUCGUGCCAUCAACAGCUGUUCAAAAAAAGCAGUGCUGCACUUGCAAGAGCUCACUAUGCU